AUGGCUUGUAGUCCUCCACCUCUGCUUUAAUAUGCACAACGUUCAACUUGUUAAGUAGGCCUUGGACCAGAUAGUUUGUUUUUUUUAACGUCGAGUUCUCAAGCGCGUUAAGUGUCGGCGUUUUCCCGUAACCUACUUACCAAAGUGUAUAGAUCAGGUUCGAGCUAGAAGGUUAAAGUUAUUUUAUAAAGUAUACACACUUCUAAGAAAACAACUUAUAAGAAGGACAGUAUUUUUUUUUCAAUUAAAUACAGUUUUUAAAUUUUAAUGGACAUGUAGUGGUUGGAGACUGUUUAUCAAGAGUCAAGUUAUUUCGCUUGAUGGUAUAUCUGCAAAGAUGUCGCAGCUGAAGUAUUUGAAUAAAGAAAUUAGCACUAACAAGACGAUAAGAAAAGAUCCUCCACCCCCACCUGUAGCGAUCACAUCACAGAAAGAUGAGCAUCGCUAUGAAGAAGUGGCCGUUGGUCAGAAAGAAGAAAACCUGUACGAUAAGCUGGUCUACACUGAGGAUGCUAAAGAAAUCAGUACCAGACUUCAGUCUAUCGAAGACAAUCAGGAAAAAAUGGCAGCUGAAUUCCGAAGUCAUUAUCAAUUUCUUAUUUCUGAGAUUAAGAAGCUACAGGACGCCCUCGAGGGAGUCAAAACCAGCAACAUUAAGCUACAAAAGUCCCUGGUGGAGUCGUCCACGGUGGUACAGGAAAGUGUCGAGUCACUCAAGUCACAGUUCCUGGAAACGUCUGACCAUCUAGGUCAGCACGUCCUACAAGUCAGGAAGGACAUCGUCGCCCUAUCAAAGAGAGACCCCAAUUCCCCGCCGCCUAUAAGCGGGUUUGAGUCGCCUAGUCACCACGGGGCCACCGACACUAGGGUCAAGCACAUGUUUGAGUGGGAUAUUCAAAGCGUGGACAACCUGGUCAAAACACAAGGCCACGUGUCCAGUCACUCAUACCACAUCGGCGAUCUGAACUACAAGGUCCUGGGAGGUGCGGAAUUCCUCAAAGAUAGCAUCAUGUCAGUUCGCAUUUAUGGGGAGUCUACUCAUCCUUCGGGAACGGACCACCUGACUAAAUCCGGACGCUUCGAGUGCAAAGUGAUGGUGAUUGACCGGUCCGGUGCAAUGACGGACUGGCUGAUAGGCAAAGUGGUUGGCAAUUUCUUCAAAGAAAAAAUGUGGAUGGUUGGAAAUGUUAGUGUACCAGAACUGAAGAAGAAAAACUAUUUAGCUCAAAACAAAACCCUAAAGUUGAAAUUUACCAUUGACAUUUUCAAAUAAAAUUCACACAGAUCACACAAUCAUUUAUAUAUAUAUAUAUAUAUAUAUAUA